AUGGUGCACCUUGCCCGCAUUCCCACCGACUUCGACACCUCGAGGCCCCUCGUCGAAGGCCUCGAGAAGAUCAAGCUCGAGGAGUACAUCGAGCCCGACACCAUCACCGCGUCCGUCUAUGGCUCCCGCUUCGCCGUCGAGGACAUCCCCAGGCUCGAGAUGCCCGAGCGGGAGAUGCCCAAGGAAAUUGCCUACCGCCUGAUCAAGGAUGACUUGUCCCUCGAUGGCACCCCCACCCUCAACCUGGCCUCGUUCGUCACCACCUACAUGGAGGAGGAGGCUGAGAAGCUCAUGACCGAGUGCUUCGCCAAGAACUUCAUCGACUACGAGGAGUACCCUGUCUCGGCUGACAUCCAGAACCGCUGCGUGUCCAUGAUCGCCCGCCUGUUCAACAUCCCCUCGCACGAUGAGAACACCAAUGCUAUGGGCACCAGCACCAUUGGCUCCUCCGAGGCCAUCAUGCUCGCUGUGCUGGCCAUGAAGAAGCGCUGGGUCAACCAGCGCAAGGCCGAGGGCAAGCCCUACGACAAGCCCAACAUUGUCAUGAACUCGGCCGUUCAGGUGUGCUGGGAGAAGGCAGCCCGCUACUUCGACGUCGAGGAGAAGUACGUCUACUGCACCAAGGACCGCUACGUCAUCGAUCCGGUCGAAGCCAUCAACCUCUGCGACGAGAACACGAUUGGCAUCUGUGCCAUUCUCGGCACCACCUACACCGGCGAGUACGAGGAUAUCAAGGAGAUCAAUGACCUGCUUGAGGAGAACGACAUGGACGUCCCCAUCCACGUCGACGCCGCCAGCGGUGGCUUCGUCGCACCCUUCGUCAACCCUGACUUGGUUUGGGACUUCCGCUUGCCCAAGGUUGUCAGCAUCAACGUUUCCGGCCACAAGUACGGCCUUGUCUACCCCGGCGUUGGCUGGGUUGUCUGGCGUGACCCCGAGUACCUGCCCAAGGAGCUGAUCUUCAACAUCAACUACCUCGGUGCUGACCAAGCUUCUUUCACCCUCAACUUCUCACGUGGAGCUUCUCAGAUCAUUGGCCAGUACUACCAGAUGAUCAGGCUGGGCAAGCAUGGUUACAGGUCCAUCAUGAACAAUCUCACCCGCACGGCCGACUACCUUGCACUCAACCUCAAGGCGCUGGGUUUCAUCAUCAUGUCUCAAAGCGGCGGAAAGGGGCUUCCGCUGGUGGCUUGCCGCCUUGACCCUGAGCAAGGAAAGCAGUACGACGAGUUCGCUGUCGCGCACCAGCUCCGCGAGCGCGGUUGGGUUGUUCCGGCGUACACGAUGGCGCCCCACAGCGAGGGGCUCAAAAUGAUGCGUGUGGUGGUCCGCGAGGACUUCUCGCGCAGCCGUUGUGAUGCCUUGAUCACGGACUUCAAGCUGGCUCUGCAGGUGUUGGACAAGAUGGAUGCGAAGAGACUCAAGGAGCACAAGGAGCACGUGAAGCAGCACACGACCAAGCUGGCUCGCCGGUGGACGCUGACUAACACGCACUACACGGACGAGGAUCAUUCGCUGCAGGGCAAGACGGGCAAGACCCAUGCUGUGUGCUAA